ACGCGGCGAAGGAAACGGAGGUCGAAAGGUGACUCUUUAUCUCCCUCCCUCCCUCCCUGCCCCUUUAAAGAAAGCGAGAUUACAAAAAUUUAUAUUACAAUAAAUAAUAAUCAAAAUAUCAAUACGGCACCGUUCUGUAUUUUGAAACCUUCUCCGAUUCUUCUUUCAACAACUCACUCCAUUUACCUUUCUAUCUUCACUGCCCUCUGUCCAAUAUUUGUGUAGAUUGUUAAAUCAUCCACGACUUGCACCAGUAACAUUUGCUGCUGCAGCUUGAAGAAUCAGUAGAAGUGACACUUGUUUCUGAAAAAUUGAGAAGUUGGGGAAUCGUUGGUAACCCUUGUUUUGUGAUUCUAUGCUUUCAGUAUUUCCAACUGCGUUGGUGAACUUAGAUGGAUGUUCCCUUAGUGGAACUACAUACUGAAAGUCAAACAGAUACUUGCCCAUUAUUAAUGGAGCGGCCAGAUACCGUUAGCAGUAGCGAUCAUGUUAUUGAUAUACCGAUUGCUGAUGCAUCCUCAUCUAAUUCAUCCCACGAUAGAACUUCUAAUGGCUUGGAUGCUUUGCAGCGAGAAGACAGAUCUUCUGCUAGUGCUAGAACACCUAUUCCUCAACCAGCAACUUCUUCCAAUGGAUCAAACAACCGAAACUUCUCAUUUGUGAGGAGAGGGGAAGGCCGUCGUCGCAGGAGUCCACUAAAUUCUGGUUUAUGGAUUUCUAUUGAACUAGUUCUCACAGUGAGCCAAAUUGUUGCGUCUGUUGUUGUCUUGUCAGUGUCGAGAGAUGAGCAUGCACACGCGCCUUUGCUUGAAUGGAUUGUGGGUUAUGCAUCUGGAUGUGUUGCCACUGUCCCGCUUCUAUAUUGGCGUUAUCGUCAAAGCAAUCUUGUUUCGGAGCCAGACUCGGUGCAAUCUCGUAAUGGUUCAGCUCGUGUUAAUGUUCCUAGAAAUUCAGAAGGGGAUGAUCAACGGGCUGCUGUUACAUCCCAUAGAGGUGGACAAAAUACAGUACUUAGUGCAAGAUUCAAGGUGCUAGUGGAAUACUUCAAAAUGGCUUUGGAUUGCUUUUUUGCUGUUUGGUUUGUGGUCGGCAAUGUGUGGAUAUUUGGGGGGCAUUCAUCCGCCGCAGAUGCUCCAAACUUGUACAGGUUAUGUAUAGUGUUCCUUAUUUUUAGCUGUAUUGGUUACGCCAUGCCCUUCAUUCUGUGUGCCACAAUUUGCUGCUGCUUGCCUUGUAUAAUUUCUGUCCUUGGGUUAAGAGAGGAUCUGGCACAGACCAGAGGGGCCACGGCAGAAUCAAUAGAUGCUUUACCUACAUACAAGUUUAAGUUGAAGAAAACUAGAAGUGGAAAUGAUAGAGAUAACAGCUCAGGUUCUGCUGAGGGUGGGGUUGUGGCUGCAGGAACAGAAAAGGAGCGUGUGAUUUCCGGAGAAGAUGCAGUUUGUUGCAUUUGUUUGGCAAAAUAUGCAAAUAAUGAUGAGUUGAGAGAGUUGCCAUGUACUCAUUUUUUCCACAAGGAUUGUGUGGAUAAGUGGCUAAAGAUUAAUGCCUCAUGUCCACUUUGCAAGAGUGAAGUUGGUGAAACAGUUCUGGGUUCAAUCGCAGGCACAAGUGCUAGUAUCUUGGGUACACUUUCUGGGACAAAUGACAGCCAGCGAAGGAGUGAUAGGAGAGCGGGCAAUGGCUCGAUAGCCACCGUGUUUUAACGUAGUAAUAUAUAUUGCCAUCCUUUGUGUAUAUGUAUGACAUGCCUACUUAAAAGCCCGAAGAUCUCUUCUCGUAUGGUUGGAUGAUUGUCCAAGCUCAUUCAUUUCAUUUUUCUUGAAUUGAGAUUUAGCUUGGGAGAUGCGAAGAAAUUGCCUUGGAUUAAGCAGUUUUAUAUACAGAUUGUACACUGCACUAGCGGCAUAAUUUGGCCGUAUGGAGAUCUAGUUUGCUGCAUUUUGAAUGAAAAAUAUUUGUGUAUCUGCUUACAUAAAGAAAUAGAAAGAAUUAAGAUGUAGUAGAAUUCCAACUUCAUAGAGUUGAAUCUUUUCUUUCUUAUUA